AGGCUGGGCUUCUGCCAUGAUGUCAGAGGGAAAGAAACCCACAGCUUGCUAAUUUCACCUCCCAAUCAGCCCCGGGAAGAAGGAGAUCACCGGGAACAGUUGUUUCCCCCUGUGGUCAUGACGGCUUCGCACAGUGACUCUUUGGUGGUGUUGUUUGGGGCAACAGCUGGUGCAUAUGGGGCUAAACUGGGUUCGGAUGAGAGGGAACUAAUUCUCUUGGUGUGGCAAGUUGUGGAUCUACACAGCAAGAAGGUAGGGACACUACACAAAUCCCUGGUGAAAGCAGACAACUUGGACUUAAGUGACCAGUGUCGUGAAGUGAGUGGCUUAACACCAGAGGGAUUGGGCAAAGCUGAACCACUGGACCGGGUUCUUCAACAGUUUAGUCAGCUGGUAUCCAGUGAUUUGAAAGUACUUGGAAGGAGCUCUUACACACUCUGCAGUGAUGGCCAGUUACUCAUUCGACAAGUUCUCCACCCAGAAACAUCUAAGAAGAACUUCCUGCUGUCAGACUGCUUCUAUUCCUUUUAUGAUCUGCGCAAAGAAUUUCAUACUUGCUACCCUAGUUCAGCCGCCGUGAAAGAUCAGACUAUCAAGACCAUGGCAGAAUAUCUAGGCUUAGGGACAGAUGAAACAGAGGAGGACUUUGGCGUGUGGCAAGUGAAAACCAUGGUGGCUAUCAUUUUCAGCAUGCUCUCUGAAAGUUGUAAUCACGUAUUUACUGAGCCUGAAACUGUGAAAUACAAGUACGAAACAGGUCCUUGUAGUAAAUCUGAAACAGUGGACAGUGAGACAGUAAUACGUGCCAGAGGUUUGCCAUGGCAGUCUUCAGACCAAGAUAUUGCUCGGUUUUUCAAAGGACUCAACAUUGCCAAAGGUGGUGUGGCUCUUUGUCUGAACGCUCAAGGAAGAAGAAAUGGGGAGGCAUUAGUUCGGUUUGUCAAUUCUGAACAGAGAGAUCUUGCACUGGAAAGACAUAAACAUCACAUGGGUAGCAGAUACAUUGAGGUUUACAAAGCAACUGGGGAAGAAUUCUUAAAAAUUGCAGGAGGCACCUCUAAUGAAGUGGCCCAGUUCUUAUCUAAGGAGAAUCAAGUUAUCAUCCGGAUGAGAGGCCUUCCAUUCACGGCUACUCAGGAGGAUGUCUUGGGGUUCCUGGGGCCAGAGUGCCCAGUCACAGGAGGGAAAGAGGGACUUCUCUUUGUCAAGUACCCAGAUGGCAGGCCCACAGGAGAUGCAUUUGUGUUAUUUUCCUGUGAAGAAUAUGCACAGAAUGCACUUAAAAAGCACAAAGAAAUACUUGGAAAACGUUACAUUGAACUCUUCAGGAGCACAGCAGCAGAAGUCCAACAGGUACUUAAUCGAUAUCUGUCAACACCUCUUAUUCCCACUCUCCCAACUCCCAUCAUUCCUGUCAUACCCCCACCAUAUACCAUUGCCACGGGUAGCAUACGUGACUGUGUCCGGCUCAGAGGCCUUCCUUACACUGCUGGCAUUGAUGACAUCCUGGAAUUUAUGGGAGAUGCCACAGCUGAUAUCAAGCCCCAUGGAGUUCACAUGGUCCUUAAUCAACAGGGACGACCAUCAGGUGAUGCUUUUAUUCAAAUGAAAUCUGCUGACAAAGCCUUUAUGGUGGCUCAAAAAUGUCACAAAAAAAUGAUGAAGGACCGUUAUGUGGAAGUAUUUCAGUGUUCAGGAGAGGAGAUGAACUUUGUUUUAAUGGGUGGCACUUUAAAUCGUAGUGGCUUAUCCCCACCGCCAUGUAAGUUACCAUGUCUUUCUCCACCAGCUUAUGCUGCUUUCCAAACAGCAGCUGUGAUCCCAGCAGAGGCAGCGCUUUACCAGCCACAAGCCCUCUUGCCAACUACCAGGACUCCCCAGGCCUCCGCGGCUGCUCCUCCAACUGUUACCUACUACCCAGCUCAGGCUGCUCAGCUCUAUAUGAAUUACACAGCUUACUAUCCCAGUCCUCCAGUAUCCCCUACCACGGUGGGGUAUAUUGCAGCUCCUCCAGGAGCUGUAGCUGCUGCUGCAACUGCCACCCACACUCCGAUUCUGCCCCAGCCUGGAGCGUUAGUCCGUAUGCAGGGCUUGCCAUAUAAUACAGGAAUGAAGGAGAUACUCAGUUUCUUCCAGGGAUACCAGCUCCACGCCGAUUCCAUCCUCGUGCUUUACAACUUUAGUGGCCAGCCCAGUGGAGAGGCAUUGGUGACUUUUCCAAGCCUGGAUCUAGCUAAGAAAGCAGUGGCUGAGAAAAACGGACAGCUGCUGGGAAGCCGCUAUGUAGAACUGUACCUGGUCUAACGAAACACUCUUUGGGGGAUGGGGAAAGAAUGCUGCACUCAACACCGUGCCUUUUGCAAAAUAAGAAGUCUUCCCUUGCCACCCAGGCAGCAGCAAAUGUGCCUUUUCAGCAUAAUAUGUUGGAAUGUAGAGUGGUACAUGUCCUGUAUUUAAUUUGAAAAAUGGCGUAUCCUAUGCCAAAGAUAAAGUGAAACCAAAAAUUAUGCAGUUAAUUUACUUAAUUUCUAAUGUACUUCAUGAAAAAUAAGCAAACCUGCUCCUGGCAUCUAGUUAAUUCUGAAGACAAUCUAAUAGCACUUCAGCUAUCGCAGCCAUGGGAGAAACCUGUUCAGUAGCAUUUGAAGUGGAAAGCGAAGCUUGAGUCAUUCAGAUUCUUCUGUGUUUAGUUUUUAAUAGUUUACACUUGACAAAGUGUCUGGUUUUUGUAGAGUUUAAAUGUCUUUAGAAAGGUCUUUUGGAAUGCAUAGCUUUCCCAGUUCAAAGUGUAGAUCAUAUUGAUUUUUUUUUUUUGUUCUGUUUUGUUCUUGACUGGAAAAUACCAGGAUGCUGGACCCCACAUGCAAUUGUGCUUUCUUGUGUUUUCAUUAUACAUUGUUUUGCAAAAGCCAUAUUUGUCUUUCUUACCAAUGUACUGCUGCCAACGUGUAAAGCAAAAAAAUAAAACCAACAGCAAACCCAGAAAAAUCCUCCUUGCCCACCCAUAACUCCCUGCUCCCAGCCCCAAACUUUUAAUCUCUACAGGACAAAAAUGGCACAUAAACCUGAGUACUAAUAAGUUAUAUUUUUUUAUUUAAGCAUAAUAGCUUUCAGAUACUGUAUUAAAGAUUUUGCUCUAGUUUAUGUGCAUGCAAUUUGUUUACAUCUUUAAACUACUUUAUUUGUAUAUUAUGGAACAACAAGAUACGUUGAAAUCUAAAUCCUCUAGUGCAUGCUUUUUUCUUUUUCCCUGUGUGUGUAUAUACAUAAGCUAGAAGAAGUACUUUUAUGUCAUGUAGCAUGUGUUUAAAAACAGACAUCUGCUGUAGAAGCACUAAAUGACUUUGUUUUUACUGUGCCUUACUUCAAAACCAUUCCAAGUGCAAUACCAGCAGAGCAAAAUGUAAUGAAUACUGUUGUGACAUGUUCAUGGAUGUCUGAAUUGAUCUUUUUUGUUAGUGUACAAUUUGAGUUGUACUUAAAAGAACUGAAUGAUGUAUGCUUCUUUAUAUUACAACAAAUAAAAGAGAUGCUUAUGAUGUGUA